GCUACGAAAAGGUCGUAGGCUAGCACGAAAUUAUUGUUACAUACCUACAACCUUUUUAAUUUCAAGACAAGUUUUCUGCUAAUUUAUGAAAGCAGAGGUUGUCAUUAAGAAUUAUAAUAUUCGUAUCACGGUGUAAUUUUUUUUUCAAUAGUGAGUAAAAGUGUACGGCCGAACACUAUGUCUGAGAAACAUUUGCAAACCGGUGAUGCGUUGCCGACUUAUCCUGGUAAACUGCGACUAUUUGCCAUGAGGUUCUGCCCUUAUGCAGAACGAUCUGUCCUUGUCCUUAAUGCUAAGAAACUGCCGUAUGAACUUGUGUUCAUCAACUUGGACCACAAACCAGAAUGGAUCUUUAAAUACAGCCCAAAGGGUACCGUGCCAGCACUUGAAUAUGAAGAGGGCAAAGCCAUAUUUGACAGCAACAUCAUAAAUGUAUAUUUGGAUGAGAAGUACCCUGACAUAUCCCUGCAGUCUGCAGAUCCUCUCCGCAGAGCUCAAGAUAAAAUGCUUGUGGAAAACUUUGCUUCUGCUCAGUCUGCAUAUUACACAGCAGCUUUCAAUUCACAAGCUCUUCAGCCUAGUAAUGUAGAGAACUAUCACAAAGGUUUAGAGCUCCUGCAAAAAGAGAUAGAAACACGUGGAACUAAGUUCCUGAAUGGAGAUGAGCCAGGAUUGGUGGACUAUACUCUGUGGCCGUUCUUGGAACGUUUUGAAGCCCUGCCGCUCCUUGGGAAAUCAGAAUUUGCAUUUGACAAGGACAAAUAUGCAGCAUUGAUUGCCUACAUGAACGUGAUGAAGAGCGCUCCGGCCGUGCAGGCCUACCGCCUGGCGCCGGAGACGCACGCAAAAUUCACCGAAUCCCGCGCCAAAGGAGACCCCGACUACAACAUGCUGGAUUCCAGCGACACUGUCUGCUGCAUGCGUCCAAGAAAGAAGAAGGAAUAAACUAUUAUACUAUGAUUUCUAUUUCCGUUGUCUCGAUGAAAUUGAGCCCAUAAAUUCUAAUAAACGAAAGUACAAUUUA